AUGGCCGCCAUGGAGAAGCUGAUGCGGGCCUUCGAGGCGCUGCGCUCCUUCCAGCAGGCGCCGCCGCCGCCGCCCAGCCCCGCCGCCCCCGCGCCCGAGGAGCCGCCCGCCCGCCCAAAGAAGGAACUGUCCACAUCCAAGAAAGACCGAGUCAAUCAUUGCCUGACAAUAUGUGAAAACAUCGUUGCUCAGAGUUUAAGGAAUUCUCCGGAGUUUCCAAAAUUGUUGGGAAUCGCCAUGGAACUCUUCCUUCUGUGCAGCGACGAUGCAGAGUCAGAUGUCAGGAUGGUGGCCGACGAGUGUCUCAAUAAAGUGAUAAAGGCGCUGAUGGAUUCUAGUCUCCCUCGGCUACAAUUGGAACUCUACAAAGAGAUUAAAAAAGUGAGUUCCUUUCGACACAAAAUG